UUCAACUUCUCUUGAGAUGGAUCCAGUGUUUGUCACAGAGACCAUAAAUUUCAUGAAGAAGGAGUUGUCGAAUUCGAAGCCAAGUAUGGAAAAGCUCAAAGAUGCGAUGGAUCGAACAUGCCAGGCUAGGAGAAAGUGCCUAGAAGUGGACGCAAUGAACAUACAAGACUUCCUGGUGUUGUAUCCAGCACUAAUGGUUGAAAAGGAAAUCUUGAAUGAAUGCAGCCGUCUGACGUCCAUUUCACCUGACGUGUCCCUUCUACAAGCACUUCGGAAGCAUGCCGAUGGAAUUCUUCAAGCAGUGCAAUAUAAGCAACCUGCGUUGCCUACCUACACCACGGUGACAACAGCAAUAAACGUGGCACAAGGGAACUCCAAGAGCUAUGCCAGAGGAGUUGGUGCUCUCAUUCUGUUGCCAUUCCUCUUGAAUGAACGUGGGGAUGACAUCUUUGCCCCAUUGGUUGAUGGAAGGACACGCCCAUACCCAACAUUAAUUUUCACCGGCGAUAGUGUGAUGUCCUCGGAAGGGCUGAGUGUCACAUUCGAAAAUGUGCAAAUUGAUGUGCUUGAUGUGACAGCUGGUAUGGCUCUUCUCUUUUCCAUGUACUGGGCGUAUAACAUUGAGUAUGUACAAUCUGCCAAACAAACCUUUGCAUUGCUUGAGCACCUGAUGGGCAUAAAAUGGACCAAGCUUUCAACUAGGGCUAUUAAAGUGCUCACCAAGCUCAAUGCAUGUGCAGCUGAAAAACAGCAGUGAAGGGCCGUCAAGGUGGUUAAAUGUUCUUGCAAAAUUGUUUUUUUAGUGCACACAGUUUCUUUUUUAACUUGAAAUAAUUAUUGGGCAGUUGUAGGAGGAGAGAAAGUGCACAGUUGCUACUUUCGCUAGUGCAACAGCAUGAUGGCAAAGUAAUGAAGUGAAAAAACAUGCGCGGUUCUCGCAAUUGAUUUUUUUAUUGAUGGCCAAAAAUUUAAUUGGAGCAAAGACUGUGAGAAGUAAUACCAUUUAAGCGCAAUGAUCAAAGCAUGAAUGUACAUGGAAGGCAAUGUCAUUAUUGUGACCUUUUAAGUUUAAGAUGCGUAAUUCUAACCGAGCCUUCUGGGCAUAUCCUAAUCUUCCCGAGCUGCUAAAGAUGACCUGCACACCAUAUCUGUGACUGGUUCUUUAGCUGUUGCAACAUUUUAUGAAUAUAGACUUUUUCUCUUUUCCUGCUGACCCUGUGUUAGUUUUAUCCCGUAGUUUUCACUCAUUUGACUAGACUUUACAAGUUCACGUUAUGAUAUCACUGGAUAUCCAGAAUCUACCACCUGCUGCACCUGUUGCUCAAACACUUUCCACAAUAGAUGGGUAAAAGAUUCAUUCAAUGCGACACCAAGGCAAGAUCUUGGCUGAUUCUAUUCUUAAGAACUUGUAAGUGGUGUGAUGUGAAAUUGAGGAGAGAAUUCAGAGUGGGGCGAGCACUGCCACAAAAGCAGAGGUCGAAAUCCAAAAACCAACUCGUCAUUUUUUUUUUAUUUUGCAUUAUGUUGACAGCUUAAUAACCAAACACCUGUUUACCUGUAAUAUGGCAAAAAAAACAACUUGCAAUUUUUGGAUACGUGCCUCAAGUUUUGUGACCACCAUGUUUGUUGGCAGUACUCAUACCGUGCUGUUAAGUGUCCUAAAUUCCACAUGAGACCAUUAAAAAGUGAAGAUUUGAUUUGGCUGAACUGGUUUUCAGGCAGCAUUGACAAAGCUUAGCAUUCAUCUAAUAAGGGAAGUGUCUGAGCAACAGAUGAUGGAUUCUCAAUAUGCAGUGCAUGUCAAGGCAUAAGCUUGUGGAAAGCUAGUAAAAUGGCUGAAAACUAUGGGGAAAAAAAGCUGGCACAAGAAAAGCAGGUUGUACUGUUUUAACAUUGUACUGCCCUAUAUGUGCGAACUGUCGCAUGGGGCAAAGGACAUAGGUGGCACGUGAUGUGGUGUACACAUCAAUUUAUCAGCACCAGGAAAAUUAGGAUCUAGCUAGCCAUUCAUUGAGGGCUCGUUUACAGUUGUCUGCUUUGAACCUCUAAGUGCAGCAUAAAGCAAAAGCAUAAUUAUGUUCAAUGCGGAGUGAAGGAGGUGCUUUCUCUUCCCCUGUUGAGCAGCAAGAUGUAUGUGGGCCACAUCUUUGUCGAAAAUGAAAUUAGUGAGUUCAGCACUUGUCCUCUUGUUUUUCACUUUGCACUGCAUCUUUCAUGCUGUUUUUUUUUCUCCGGGAUGUAAGCUGAAUCAUGAUAGGAGAGGACAUACUAAAACCCAUGUUUUACAGUAAAAGCUCGUUAAUUCGAACCGCAAGGGGAAGCCGCUUCAGUUCGAAUUAACGAAAGUUCGAACUAACGAAAGUGAAGGAGAGCAACAGUCCACUGCGAUUUGGAAGCAGUAGGGCAUGUCAGAAAUUUGGCGUGUCAUAAAGUGGCACACGCCAUCUUCAAGUCGAAGCUCUGGGUCCGACUGUGCCACACUACCGAUGUCCACCGAAACGAACGUUAGCUGAGGCUUAACACCAUCACAAUGAAUCGCGAUGGCCGAUACCUCCUAAGCUGAAAACAGACGUGCACAACCGAUGAAGACUGCCGAGACAACGACGCUGAACAUGUGAAGGUGGCGAAGGCCCUGAUUCGUUGGUUCUUGAUUGCAAGCGCAGCUGCGACGUACUUGAUUCGCUGUGUCACGAUGGCACUUGCCGUGCCAUCUCCGCACAACAUUAGCAGCUGUACAAGAUUUCCAAAGCCUCCGAGGUUCGCAACGGGCAUGAAGUCUCGGAGGUUACGUAGAACGGAGAGGCGGCAGCCGCCGCUGCCUUCUGGCUGACCCCGCGUCGGUUAGAUUUUUUUCCGAUUUUACCUUCUCUCGCCGUUCUCUACGUUUCGGAGGCAAUACAGCCUUGUGUGUACACAGUAGGCGCGUUUCUCUGGCCGUGUGCCAGGCGAGCGUAGUUCGAAUUAUCCGUGAGGGAACCUUCUCGCGUUCGAAUUAACGGACUUUUUUUAUACAUACACUUCUGUGGAGCUUGGCCGGACAAAAUCGUACAGUUCGAAUUAUCCAUAAAUUCGAAUUAUUGAAGUUCGAAUUAACGAGCUUUCACUGUAUUCAUAACAGAACUUUCUUUGUUGCCCCCUGUUGCUGUUCUUUGCCUUACAAUGCUUAUGAAGUGGUGACAAAUCUUUCCAAAUUAUAGUCGUUAUGGCAAAACAGUGUUAACAAUUUAAAGAAUAUUCUCGACGGAUAUAAUAUCAGCAUUGUUUUAUCAUCACUAAUUUUUGAGAAAAAAUUUCUCAUUUGCAAAAGAAUGCCAACAGACAUUUCCAGUUGGGCUUGUAGGCUGUUCAUCAUUACCAUGAAACAGCGCAGAAAUCUGAUGAUAAUGAAGAGAGGCACAAAGCGCUGUGGAUGUCUUCUUUUCUCAUCGACAGGUUUUUAUGUUGUUCCUUGGUAGUAAAGAAAAAUCAGACAUUACACUUUUGUAUGUGUCCUGCCAGCACCAUCUGGUUUGCAUAAACGAUUCUGUUGUGUGGGAAGACAUGUGCAGGCCAGGAUGAUCUUGUCAACACACACAUGCAGGAUUAAAUCAGCCUAUCUAUUCUCUGCUCCCAUUUGGCGAUGAAUUAUCACACGUGUGAGUCCACCCUAAUUUUCUUGCAGUAUAAAAAAUAAAGCGAUAAAGCGCUUGAUUUUGUUUCGUUGCUAUCUUCUUGCCGUAUUUUCCCCAUUCACACACCACUAUGGAUUACAACUAGCCCUGUCAGCCACCUUCUUAGUUGAGAGCUUUGUCAUCAAGCGGUUGCACUACUGAAACUAUAGCUGUUCACUUCAUUAAUGCUUUAUGUGAAUUUUCUUAUUAUGUCUACACCUUGCCACUUUCCCAAUUUUUUUUUGUUUAUAUGUUGUAGUGCAUCAACAUAUUGAAACUUUGCAGUUGCUAAGUGAGCUAAGUGCUUAGUGUGCCCUUUUUACAUGUGUAUCUUGCCAUAGAGCGUUUGUGUCAUGUGUGAUAGUGCAACUACUUACAUUACCGCACUUGCAUAAAAGAUGCUCAAAUGCACUUUUCAUGUUACAUGGAAUUUUUUUUAUUGCUGUGGUAGUGCAUUCAUGUAUUGUAACUUUGUAGCUGGCAUGUAAGAUGGUUAGCAUGCCGUUUUCUAUAUGUGCAUCUUGCCGCAGGGCUUUCGUUUCAAAUGUCAUAAUGCAACUACAUUACAUUACAGCAUUUGCAGAAAUGAAGCUUGAAGUGCACUUUUUCUUGUAACCAUUAAUAUUUUUUUUGCUCUAGCAAUGCAUCUUAUUGUGUCAUUAGUUUCAAUACAAGAUGCUUAGCACCUGUUUUAUAUCUACAUCUUACCGCAGCGCUUUUGUUUUGCUGACUCGUGAUAGUGCAACUACAGUGCAUUACUGCUCUGUUGUAAAUGAUGCUCAAAAUGCGCACUUUCUCUCGUGUAUCUUGCCACUUUUUUUAUUUGCGGUGGCACUUUAUCCACCUAGUGUGCCUCUUUUCAUCUACAUCUUGCCACAAAGCUCUUGCUUCACUCACAAGGGGUGUGUUGCACCUACACAACAUUGCAGUGAUUACAUACCUGGUGUUCAAAGUGCACUUUCUGCUAGAUCUUGCCAUUUUGCUUACAUAUGGUAGUGCAACAGCACAUUGUAUUUUGUAGUUGCCAUGCUAGUUGUUUAGUGUAUACACUUCUUGUUUAUAAGUGCAUAUUGAAAUAGAGGUCAUAUUUUUGUGCCGUGUAUUACAGCUAAUUAUAGGCUAUGCUGUCUGUCAUGCCUCAUGUAGUGACACUGAUAUGGCAGAACUUUGCAGUAGUCAUGCUAGUUCAAAGCCUGUUUUUCUCAUUCUUAAAGUGCGCAUUAUUUGUUGUUUCUAUCUGCAGUGUGCCUUUUUUAAUAUCGGACAUCAUAUGACUUUCCAUUUGUGGUUUGUUGCAGUAGAUUGCAAUGUUGAACUUCAAUACAUGCAUAUAGUGCAGUAUGUAUUUAUCUUGCAUCUUGCACGAAAUUAGUGCGUACGAUUGAGGUGAUUUUGGUGCAGUAGUGGACUGAAUCACAUUUUUUUUUUGCAGUACAUAUGUAAUUCGUUUCAUUAGCCAUUCACAGUUUGCAAAGUUGAACUCAUUUUCUUAAGGUAUUUCUCUUGUUCACAAUACUUGUAAACAAGAAGGUUACUGACAGUGCUCCUGUGCUUUAGGCAAGCACAUUUACAAUGCCAUUGUAUGUGCAGGGGGAUUUUUACACAAAUACUUAUUUAGUGAGAAAGUGUC